AGUGUGACACUGAAACGAACAAAGUACGUGUAGCAAAACAUGAACAAAUUAGCCAAACAUUUCGGAAAUUUGGUGUUAUCGAGGCAUUUGGCAACGGCAGCUGAUACUUUCGCGGGAUUAGUUAAGAACAAACAAGUUCCUAUAUGGAGUACCUUGUCACCACCACCAGAAAAUACACAUGGGGGAAGGAGAAUUGUGACAAUGCUACCAGGUAUAGGAUCAGGUCCUCAAAUGAUGGAAUAUGUCAAAGAAAUUUUUGAAGCUGCGUACGUUCCUAUAGAUUUUGAAGUAGUAGAUGAAUCUGACGAAAUUGCUUUACUAUCCAUCAGAAGAAACGGAGUUGCUAUAAAAGGACAUAUUCCAUCUUUGGCUGAUACUUCAUCCAACGUUAAUCUACGAGCUCAACUGGAUUUAUUCGUAUAUUUAGUACAUUGUACAAGUUAUCCUAAUGUACGAUGCAGAUUUCCAGCACUGGACAUUUAUCUUCUCAGGCAGAAUACCGAAGGCGAGUACGCGAUGCUGGAACACGAGUCAAAACCUGGUAUCGUGGAAAGCUUAAAGAUAAUCACACGAGAAAAUAGUGAAAGGUUUGGUAGGUGGGCUUUUGAAUUCGCAUCAAAAAAUGGAAGAAAAAAAGUGACCAUUGUUCACAAAGCCAACAUCAUGAAACUAUCCGAUGGUUUAUUUCUUAACACAUUGCUGGAAAUAUCGAAGGAUUAUCCAGAUAUAAUAGUAAACGACCUAAUUGUCGAUAAUUGCUGCAUGCAAAUAGUCUCUAAUCCAGGUAUGUUUGAUGUCAUUGUAACGCCGAAUCUAUAUGGAAAUAUUCUGACGAGUAUAAUUUGCGGCUUGAUCGGAGGACCUGGGUUAAUAUCCGGUCAAAAUUAUGGAAAUAAUUCGGCAGUAUUCGAAGUAGCUUCCAGACAUUUAGCAUUUGAAGAUAAGAGGUACGUAAAUCCUAUUGCCAUGAUAAACGCAGCAGUCAAUAUGUUGUUCUAUUUACAAAAAGAACAACACGCACUUUUGAUUUGUGAAGCGAUAUAUAAAACUCUAGUAGACGAAAAGAUCCACACGCCUGAUAUUGGAGGAGAAAACACAGGAGCAGAAAUGGUCAAAAGGAUCAUCAAAAAUAUUAGGGAGGGUUUAAAGACUGCCAAUAUUAGAACGUUUUAAUAUCGGUAUUAUUUUUUUAGAUUAUAUAAUGUGUAACUUAAAUAAUAAAUAAAGAUUUUAUACACG